UAAAGGAAAAUAGUCCCUGGGCUGGGCGAGGCCCAGGGCAACGAGAAAGCCCUGCAUGAAAAGGCUGCAGCCAAGAACCUGUUACUUUGUCGCCGUCAGCCCAGCGUCUGAUCACACCCUCGUCACUCAGGGCCUGAGGGGGCGGGGACUGGAGCCCUAUCCAAUCAGGGACGCUGACGUGGGAACGGUCCAAUCAGGCGCGCAGCCGGACAGAAGGGCGCGGCUUCCGGGAUGUGGCGGGGCCUUCGUCUCGCCUAGUCCGCGGCGGUCGUCUUCUGUGCUCCGCAUGCUCUGCUCGGGGACGCCCAGGUGACCGCCGCAGCUCUUGCCCUGUGUCCUGCAGGUAUCAGGAGAUCCAUAGCUAAGAGGCCUGGACAGCCGGGAAGCGGGGAAAUGGUGUGAUUUGUCCAGAUAAUCUCACCUGAGAAGGAAUCCCAGAGAAGAAGGAAGAAGAGGAAGAAAUGGCUGGUUCUCAGGGACUGUUGAUAUUCAGGGAUGUGGCCAUAGAAUUCUCUCCUGAAGAGUGGAGCUAUCUGAACCCUGCUCAGCAGAAUCUGUAUAGGGAUGUGAUGUUAGAAAACUACAGAAACCUGGUCUCCCUGGGUAUUGCUAUCUCUAAGCCAGACCUGAUCACCUGUCUAGAGCAAAGGAAUGAGCCGUGGAGUGUGAAGAAACGUGAGACAGUAGCCAAACAACCAGCUAUUUCUUCUCAUUUCACCCAAGACCUCUUGCCAGAGCAAGGCAUAAAAGAUUCAUUUCAAAAAGUGAUACUGAGAAGAUAUGGAAGCUGUGGCUUUGAGAAUUUACACUUACAGAAAGAUUGGGAAAGUGUGGGUGAAUCUAAGGUGCAGAAAGAAUGUUAUAGUGGACUUAACCAGUCUCUAUCAACUACUUAUACCAAAAUCUUUCAAUGUAGUAAACAUGUGAAAGUCUUUAGUAAAUUGUCAAAUCUAAAUAGACAUAAGAUAAGACAUACUGGAGAGAUAUCUUCCAACUAUAAAGAAUGUGACAAUUCCUUUUAUAUAUCCUCAAUUCUAACUCCACUUCAGAGAAUCCGCACUGCAGAGAAAUUCUACAAGUGUAAAGAAUGUGGGAAAGCCUUUAAGCACUGCUCGUGCUUUAUUAAACAUAAGAUAGCUCAUAAUGAAGAGAAACAUUACAAAUGUAAAGAAUGUGGCAAAGUGUUUAAAUCCUUCUCAAGCCUUUCUAAUCACAUUGUAAUUCAUACUGGACAGAAACUCUAUAAAUGUGAAGAAUGUGGUAAAGCUUUUAACCACAGUUCAAACCAUGCCAAACAUAAGAAAAUUCACACUGGAGACAAACCCCAUAAAUGUGAAGAAUGUGGCAAAGCUUUUAACUGGUUCUCAUACCUAACUCUACAUAAGAGAAUUCAUACUGGAGAGAAACCCUACAAAUGUGAUGAAUGUGGCAAAGCCUUUAACCAGUGUUCAAACCUCACUAAACAUAAGCGGAUUCAUACUGGAGAGAAACCCUACAAAUGUGAAGAAUGUGGCAAAGCUUUUAACCGGUGUUCACACCUCAUUGAACAUAAAAGAAUUCAUACUGGAGAGAAGCCCUAUAAAUGUGAAGAAUGUGAUAAAGUCUUUAUAUCUUGUUCAAGCCUUUCAAACCAUAAGAGAAUUCAUACAAAAGAGAAAUGCUACAAAUCUGAAGAAUGUGACAAAACCUUUAACCACUGCUUACACCUUAAUGUACAUGAGAAAAUUCAUACCUGAGAAAAAUCCUACAAACAAAAAAUGUGGCAAAGCCUUUAAUACCUGCUCAUGUCUUACUCAGGAUCAGAGUUCAUGUUGAACUAAAGCAUUAUAAUGACUGUCAAAACACCUUUCACAGAAAAAAAUAAUUUUACCACAAGUUAAUUUAUUAGUUCAUUAAUGGACCUUUAAUUCUGUUUUUUUGGUCUACACAAAUCUGCCCUUAUGCCAGUACCAUAUUGUUAUUAAUUCCUGUAACAUCGUAGUAAGCGUUUUUAUCAAGAGUGUAAGCUACUGAAUUUUGUUAUUAUUUUUCAGAAUUCUUGUGAGUUUGAUUUACUUAGCAUGUUUAUAUAGAUUUUAGAAAGAGCUUGUCAAUUUAUAUUAAAAGCUACGUUGGAAUUUGCAUUGAAUCUGUAGAUAAAUUUGUUGGGUAUUUUGAUCUUCAUAUUUAGUACUGUUAUCUUUGAGUAUUGGAUAUUAUCUCAGUUUAUUCAGCUCUUUGAUUUUUUUCAGCAUUUAAAAAUUUUCAGUGUAUAGUAUGUGCAUUUAUUUUGUUAAAUUUAUAAUUGUUUUCUAUGAUACUGUUAGUGAAAUUUUAAUGUAAUUCUUUUGUUUAUUGCUAUAAUAUAAAAGUAUUUUCCAACCUUG